GUCAUAAGCUCAUACGCGGAUAUGGCAUUUUAUGGUCCACGUGAAGCGGACGUGAUCCCACAGACACCUUUUAGGUUUACUAAACGACGCGUUUCAUCUUUCAUCAACCACUACAAAAGGAAAGAAACGACUGAAAGACAAAUACAGGAUACAGAAAACUCCACGCAUCUCUCUUCUCUCUCUCUUCUCUCUUCAAAGCUUCCAGAAAUGGAGAAACCCAAAGAACAGAAGAGAGACAAAUCCGAAGAAGAAGCCAAGUCCCGUAUAUGGGACUGCGACAGUUCGCUUUACGACUCCUUCGAGCUUAAAUCCUUCAAACGCCAACUCGACUCCGCCAUAGUCUCAUCAUCAAGAACCCUCUCCAUGCCCCAUUUAUCCGAUCGCCGCCCGCCUCCGCCGCCGCAGGUGGCCCCCUCCAAGAAGCCCUCCAAGUUCUCUCGAUCGUUUAACAAGCUCCUCCGAUCUGUUUUCCGGUUAAAACCGCAUCCUACUUCCUUAUUCCGGGUGCAGGAGCCCUUCUUCUUCUACGAUAAAUCCGACGCACUUUCGACUAUUCCUGAGGCGUCGGAGAUUGACUAUGCGGGAGUUUCGCCGGACGUUAACUCGCUGGUAAAGAGAUCAACCUCCGAUCGCUUCUCGGCCAGUUCUGUCGGUAUUUCAUGUGCAUAGUUAAAAACAAUAGGCUUAAAGAAUAUGUAAAAAUUGAUAUUAAUUUUUGUUUAUAGUAUGGGAUGACAGCUACUUUUUUUCUCUGUGUUAGAUCAUAUAUUUGUAUUUUAGUAUGUUGCUUAGAGUUUUCAACUUUGACUUCUUAAUGGAGAUUUGGACUUGAUGCACAGUCAAACCUGGGUUUUAUGAAUUGGUAUUCAAACCUGCCAUACCUAAAAGUUUGAAUCUUUGACAGUGGAGAUUUGUUAAUCUUUCAAUUUUUGUGUUUUUUUUGGAUCAUUGUGGCUCUGUUGUAUGAUUAGAUGUCAUUAGGGUUUUGAAUUCCAAGUUUUAGUGCCAUGGAAUUAUCAAUUUGUUUGUGGUCA